AAACCGGGAGAGCGGCUCUGUGCUCACACACCCAGAGGAGCAUCUAAGGGAGAGCACAUCUCUGAAUCCCUCACUCACAGCCUUUAAUUCUGUCUUUAUUUAUUUACUUCUUAUUGUUUAAUAUGGGUCUUAUCUUCUCCUCCAUCUUCGCACGUUUCAUAGAGAAGAAGCAGAUGAGAUUACUGAUGGUUGGUCUGGAUGCAGCCGGGAAGACUACUGUCCUCUACAAACUCAAACUGGGUGAAGUCGUCACAACGAUUCCUACGAUUGGCUUUAACGUUGAGACGGUUGAAUACAAGAACAUUUCCUUCACCGUGUGGGACGUGGGAGGACAGAAUGUCAUUAGACCGCUCUGGAGACACUACUAUCAGAACACCAUGGGCCUCAUCUUUGUGGUGGACAGCAGUGAUCGUGAGCGCAUCCAGGAAGCUGCUCUGGAGCUGCAGAUGAUGCUUGAGGAAGAUGAGCUGAGGGACGCCGCUUUGUUGGUUCUUGCUAACAAACAGGAUUUACCCAACGCAAUGCCGGUCCACGAGAUGACUGAGAAACUCGGAUUGCACGCCAUGAAGGGAAGACCUUGGUACGUCCAGUCGACUUGUGCAACAAAUGGAACAGGUUUAUAUGAAGGACUGGACUGGCUUUCAGAUCAGCUCGCCAAAAGAUAAAAUCUGGACUGGCUUUCAGAUCAGCUCUCCAAACGAUAAAAUCUGAUUGAUUGCACUACGUGAAUUUAUUUGAAAAAUAUUUUACUGCAUUUAAAUGUGUCAAUAAUGUAAUUUAAUGUAGGACCUUUCUUUUUCUUACAUCUUACAAUAUUUAAUUUGUUGUAUUGUUUGUCCUUGGGUUUGACUUUACAAAAGCCUGUUUACUCCAAAUAUAUAGAAUUAAAAAUGUCUAUUUUUUUCAAAUAUCACUGUA